CAGGGACCAAAUCGAUUUGAGACGUUUCUGAGAAUUCGUGGUUUUCGUAUAGUUUUUUCCAGGCGUUUUUGGGAGGGAGGGGAUGAAACUUUUCGUCCAAUAUCUCGACAACCACUAUCGUAAUCAUGCCGUUUUUUUUUUGUUCUUGGUUGAUAUCGGCGGGGUUUGAGCAGGCGAACGCGAUGGCGCCCUCAAAAAAAAAAAAAUCACUUAACAAGUAGAUAUUCACAUUUGAAGGGGGGCACAAGAGAUUGUACCCCCCCUUUUCUGGUCGCAUAACUUAUCGUUCAACGCUUGAUAUUUCGUUGUUUUCGCUUCAUCGUUGGGAAAACCCUGUAUUUACACUCGAUAACACUCCCUCGCACUACGUUUUACGAUUGCCAAAAUACUAGUCUUCUACAUACAGCACAUCGCCUGCCAAAUACUACCGAUCGUAUCGACCGGGAGGGAAACGCAGCCGGUCGAAAAAAAAAACGGACAACAAACUUCGUGGACAACCGACACCGACAGAAGCAAAAGUUGAGGUCAUUCUUUCGAACCCCAUACACAACGUACCGACUCUUAGCAUACGUUACUUGGGGUUAAUGUAUUCGGAUGGAGCCGGCUUACGGUGCGACUUGCAUUUCUCUUGCGCAUCUACCGCCUCGGCGCCCGUAAGCCCUGCGUCGUACACCGCGUGGAAGUUGGCCACCUUCCGGCAGAACUUUUGAACGAUGUCUAGGCUCAAGUUGUGCAGCACGCUUUGCAGGUGGUGUGUGGCAGUGGUCGCGCCCGCAAGAAAGAUCUUGCUGACGGCAGUCUCGUGGCCGUUUGGUUCUUGGAGGCGCCGGUUCGACUUUGCUCGUGUCUUCCGAGAGUGUGGCAUAGCGGUCACAAUGAGAUGGCCGCCAGACAGCAGCGAGGGCCGCUUCGGCCGCCCAGUCACGGGCCUUCUUGUUGGACUUCGGAUACUUGAUGCAGUCGGUGCGCCAACGCGUGGUGACUCCGCCCAGGUCCGCUGUCACCUCCAACCGAUACUGUUUGGCACCCUGCACUUGCUUUACACUGAGAAGCUCACCACCGCGUUGAGCCAAGCCUGCCCUGAUGCUCUCCAGCGGCUUAGGGCGUAGCUGAAAAGACAUCGGGCGUGAACCACGAAGUCUUUGGGGCAGCGCGUGAGCGC